AUGGAAUGGAAAGGGACGAUCGCUAUGAGGAUUGAGCUUUAUUCUUGUUAAGGUAACCUACUGGUCCAAGUGUGUAGCAAUGGCCGAGAUUUUUUUGAAAAACGUAUUCUGGGAGACGGAAGGUGUGCGUUGGGUAAAGGUAAGCUGUAAUGGACUGACAUUACAUUUAACCCUUUAAUUCCCAAGAUCUUCAUGCUAAUUCUCCCGUCUAGCUGCUACACAUUCCUUGCAAAUCAGGUACAAGAAUUAGAUUUUAGAUCAGGAUAACAACUUUUACCUGAUAAGUUUGAAUAUUCUCAUCACCUGUUUGCAAGAUAUAUGUAUGGAUAUUUUAGGAAAAAGUUUCAUUUUAGUCACUUAUGGGAGUUAAAGGUUAAGAGCGCUAGCAGUGCUCAGAAACCAAAGCGAGCCCCGGUUUAAGGCCAGUUGCCCUUUGAGUUUUACACAUGUUUGUAAUAUGUCAUCGAUAGAGCUCACGCACUUCACAUAACAUCCCCAACAGCUAUAUCUUUUUUACUAAAAUACAUUAUUUGUUUUUGAUAGUAAACCAAAUUCUCUUUACUUGUUUAAAAGUGAAAGAGUCACAACUGAAGGGAAGAAUUAACCUUUUCAGCGUUAGAUUGCACUUGUAGUGUCACGUGACCUCUGAUGUAAACAAACCGCGAAAAGUUGGACUUUAAGUCAACCACCCACGGCGCGAGUCCGAACUUCGGCUUCGGCAUUUUGUCGUGAAUAGUUUCCCUCUGUCGCGCCAUGGAAUAAUAAAAAACAUUCUUUGUACUGUGAUGUAUCUUCUCAGGUAAUUUCAGGGCGUUGAGUGCGUUGAUUGUUAAAUGAAACCACGUCUGAUAGGAGAUUAUUGCCCACGAAUCGCUGUAGAACGUGAUCAAGCCUGGAUUCCCACACAGAAUCUCGUUUCAUAUCGUAUUGCGUGGAAUGUUUUAUGCACGCAAAGGGGAAAUCCUGCUAAAUCCAGUUCAAUCUUCAAGAGUAGUUGUAGCUUUGAAUAGCAGAUCACAAAAUUUGAGACGGGUUCAACGCUAUGAAUGGGGUAGAAACUGAAAAUAUCUGCAGAAACGGGGCAUUUUAGUGAGCAGAUAUUUCACAACUUUUUGUGUGGAAAUCGCCUCCGCAGUCGAAAAAAAGGGUUCUAUUAGUGUGUCCAAAUUUCGAAAAAGACGGUGCCACUACUUCAGGCAAAUCAAUAAUUCAUGAUAUGUUUAUUCUCAAUCUAGUUUUUUUGAAGACUGUGAACAAUUUUAACGCUUCGCGGCCGUUUGGAUUGUAGGAUAUUUCUAAUCAUUUGAUUUACUACUCCACCGCGUCAGGCAUGGACUCGCCGCUUAUAAAUCAUUCGAAGAUUAUCGCCUAUUCGAUGAUCGUUUGUUACGUAUCGUAAGCAUCAGAAGUCUCGUGACACUACACGUGAAAUCUAACGCCGAAAAGGUGAAUUAUCAAUCAGACCCUGGAAGGCAGAGGAAUCGGGAAAAACGACCAGAAAUUAUCUUUUACAUGCUUGUUAAUGCUGUUUUUGUUUCCUUAUUUUUCAUAAAGAAGAACAGCUGUUUGCGAGAAACAUCACUGCAAUUCAAUCCCUUCUAUGGCUAAUCCAAAAUGAUUUUUGUUUGUGGAUUAGAAAGUGCAACAGCAGCUUGAUUCGCUGACUAAUUAAUUAUUGGUCGUUUUAGCUUAAUAGUCGUUAUAAUUCGUAAUGUGAGGGAUAUGCACUAAUGGCAGCACAUUAAGACGCACCUGUAAAAACGAACGAGCGAACGUGCUCUUUUGGAGACUCGUGUUCAAUCAACCUCAGUGCCUAACGAGAACCGAUUGUGAAAACAAACCAAUCUCUCGUGAAAAUGUAUAAUAUCUCAUACUCUCUUCACCACUUUAACAAAGCAAUAAAUAUUGUAUCGUAGGAAAGAGACACAUGUGUGUUCAUUAAGGAAAAAGUGACAAGAAACCUCUGACGAGUUUGCAUGCCGUUAAAACGUGUUUAGCAGUUGUAACUGAUCAAAUUAUUUAAUAAAGUAUGUACCCCUAAUUAAAUUUGUAAGUAAGCAAAUGAACCUUGCGAGUAAAUGUGACUCAAAUAGUAAGAUUUAACGCUCAGGAAUUGUUGAGAAAUAAUUUCACAAUAAAGGAAGUUGUUACAACCCUGAAGGUUUCGACUUUUUAAUGCAAAAAUGGCUAUGGGAGAUUUAUGGAAACAAACCAUCACGAAAUCAGUGAAAGUCCUGGAAUUUUUGCAAUGGAUGAAUCUGAUAUUAUAGUUUCUUCAUUAAUCAAAUUGUAACACGUGUUUCUAGUAGGAUUCGAACCUGAAAAUUGUGACACGUUUUUCUAGUAGGAUUCGAACCUGCAAUUCUUCGUGUAUAAGGCGGAAGUGAUAACCACUCCACUACAGGAACGCGGCUUGUAAGCAUGGCUUUGGCCGCCAAGAGCAUCUCACUCAUGGUGGAAUAUGACGUAGUCUUUGAAGGUCAAGAAAAAGCUCUGAAGGCCUUUGCGAUAUCGGUGCAAUUUUGAUUUUAUUUCUAGUUACUUUUACAUUCGCUGAGCCGAGUUACAAUUUGGACUAACGUAAACUUUAACGUAAUUUUGACAGUGCACGUAUUGUAUUAUCGGAGAGUUCAAUUUUAAAUUUUGUCUCAUUGCUGUUUAUUGAAUAAAGAUUAAACUCACGCAUACAAUAUUUGCAACUGCAGAAGACAUGGCCACAAGCAAAUGAUGGCUUUGUAUUGUUAUUUUUCCUCGUGAAAAAACAAUCAUACCGACUGUUGCUGUUUCAUGAUUUUAUAUUCAAAUUAGGUAUAGACUGCGUCCUUGUUAUAUGAAUUUCUUUUCGUCAAUCAGGUAUCAAAGUUCCUCUGUCGUUCAUAUCACAGAUUCCUGUUGCUAUUUUAAAACUUGAAAUUUUAGGGAAAUCAAGAACUUCUUUGACAUUGCAAACCGUAGGAUGCUAAGCUUACAGAAUGAAAGAUUUGUAGGUGAAUCCUGAUAGUCGGCUAUUAUGUAAGUUAUAACGCUAUGAGAGGAAAGAGUUUUCAUUUGCGGCAACCCAAUGAGAUGUCGAGAGUUAAGAGAGAUGAGCCACUUAUUUUUGCAGGAUAUGACUGGGAGUAGAAUCGCACUUAUCCUCAACUCAAGUGUAAUUGGCUAUGUGUACGUAGUUUACAACAAAGAGUGUUUUAUUUAUGAGAAUAAGUGUUGGUUACAAAGAGAGUUUUUCUUUUAAGACAAUAAAUGCUGAAUAAAUUAUAAAGAAACUGCCAAAUACCAGUUACCAUUUCAACAACUACAUUGAUGCUUCUAUAGGUCACAACAACAACAUCUGAAUGAUAACAAUUGAUGAAGUGGACCUGAAAUUUUAAGUGAGUAUCAAUUAUUAACUUCACAUCGGCAGUGAGGCUUCUAGAGUUGACCGAAGCAUUUAAAUGGCGGACAAUAACUGAUAAACUAGACUUGAAUUUUAAAGGAAGACAAAAUUCACAGUUUUGUUUUGUUUUUUUAUUUUAUCAUUCCUUGAAUAAGAUGAUAUAUUUCAGUGUUUAUUCUGGUAGAAAUGGCUUACGAAAUUAACACUUCGCACGAACAAAUAUUUAAUAUAAAAGGCUUCACGCUCAAAACAUUUCAUUCGGCAAGCCUGAUAUCCUGUAGUUUACAAUGUCAGAGAAACCCACGAUGCAUUUCAACAAAUUUCAGAAAAAUUUCCAAAACUGAGGGAACCUGUGAGUUAAACGACAGAGGAGUCUUCUCUCUUGAGGAAGGAAAAGAACUGAAAUAUGACGAAGAAGCUAUUUACACUCAAUUAUACGAGAAGAAGGUGAUAAAAAUUUGUCUUAUCUAUUUUAAUUAUUGA